CAACACUCUCCUCUCUCCCCCUCUCGCUAUGCCGCCUCCGAAAUCCAAAAAACUCACCGCGCAACCGGUGCGCACGCGCCAAUUUGCUGGAAAGCCCACCGCCGUCGAGGCAGAGGAGCGCUCCAGCUCGGAAGAUUCCGAAUCAGACGACGAGCAGUCCAAGCAGAAGCCCUUCGCGAAGCCUAAGCCCGCGCCUGUCGCCUCGUCCUUCCCCAAGUCUGCUCUCAAAUCAAAACUCGCGUCGCGGCAGAAGUCUGACGCCGAACGAAAAGCUCUCGAAGACGAGUUCGAGACGGAGAGUGACGAGGAUGGCCAUGACAGCGCGGGUGGCAGCGAGAGCGAGAGCGGGAGUGGGAGCGGCAGUGAGGAAUCAUCAGAAGAGGAAUCGAGCAGCGAGGAGGAGGCGCCCAAAAAACUGUUGCGGCCUGUUUUUUUGAAGAAGAAGGACCGGAAUCAGGGUGCAGCGCCAGUCAAGUCGGCAGAGGAAAUAGCUGCAGAGGAAGAAGCGCGACUACAGGAGCAAAAGAGAGCCAUUGUGCAGGAGCAGGUCGAGCAGCGCAUAGCUGAGCGGGCAGCCGGCAAAAAGGACUGGGAUGACGACGUGGAAGAGGCCGACAUCAACGCUAUCGACGACACAGACGGGCUCGAUCCGGACGCUGAAUACGCCGCGUGGAAGCUGCGCGAGCUCAAGCGCAUAAAGCGCGAGCGUCUCGCCAUCGAGGAAGCCGAGGCCGAACGCGCAGAGAUGGACCGCCGCCGCAACCUGUCUGCCGCCGAUCGCGAGGCCGAGGACCGCGCCUUCAUCGAAAAGCAGCAGGAAGAACGAGGCGACCGCGGCCAGAUGCAGUACAUGCAGAAGUAUUUCCACAAAGGCGCUUUCUUCACCGACGAGCUGAAAGAGCUGGGCGUCGACAGGAGAAAUCUUAUGAAUGCCCGCUUCGAGGAUGAGACCAAUCGCGAGAUACUACCGGAUUACAUGCAGAUCAGGGACAUGGCGAAGCUUGGCAAGAAGGGGAGGACGCGGUACAAGGAUAUGCGUAGUGAGGAUACGGGCCAGUGGGGGGACUUUGGAAACGAUCGGCCACGGAGAGACAAGGGCGACUUUGGCGUGGAUGAAAGAUUCAGGCCAGACGCGUAUGGUGGAAGAGACAGGGAUGAUCGAGAGGGCGCGACCGGAGCGAAUGCGAAGCCGCUUGGUGAAAGGAAGAGGCCGGGAGAGGAGAGCGGCCGGGACAGCAAGCGGCCGAAGAUCGAAGAAAGAGCGUGAGCAUACCACUUGUCAUUAGCAUCGGGGGCGUUCCAGGCAUCUAGGAGCAUUUUCAGGCGAUCCAUCAUCAUUGUCACCUUUCUGGGUUGGGCUAUGGCGAGA